AUGUCCAGACCAACCGAUCAUGCCUCUGCCACUGACCCUUCCCACUCCCAGAAGUCUUACGAUCCGAAUCCUCCCACCUACGCUACCUUCUCGCCUACAUCAAACUCAGGAUACUCCGCUACAUCCAAACAGCGCUCGACGAUCAUAGUUCAUAAGAAGUCUCCCUUGCUAGUGGCAACACCACCGCAGAUCACACGAGCACUCGCUCACUCUCAUCCGUUUCUGAUUCCUCUGAACAAACUUACCGGACUGCUGUCAUGGAGCACACCAGAUCCCUGGGAGUCGUACCUCCUGGUAGCAAUAUUCUGGGGCAUCACCCUGUACGGAAGCGAAAUCCUGCUCUAUGCAAGUCCUGUUAUGGUGGUAAUUGGACUCAUACUGGGCAUGUACUCAAGACGAUACUCCCCUUUGUCAUCCACCAGCAAGACGGGCGACAAGCAUUCCGCCAAGGGCCACAAAAGGGAGCCGUCCGAAGCCGCAGCUCAGCAUAAGACGUUGGAUGAGAUUGUUGACACCCUGCACGAACUUACGGCACGGUGUAAUAUAUUGCUCGAACCAUUUCUCACCCUCACCGACUUCCUUUCUACCCAGACAACCCCUACUGCUGCAACAACCCGGCCCGCGCUGACCACACUCUUCAUCCGGGUUCUGCUGGUCACUCCACUUUGGAUCAUUCUGACUCUACCUCCUCUUUACAUACUGACGACCCGACGAAUUAUUCUCACUUUUGGAACGAUAAUAUUGACAUGGCAUUCUACACCCGCGAGGGUAUCCCGGGUCAUACUUUGGCGUUCUGUUUUCAUGCGCAAAACCGCAGCAUUUAUUACCGGUCUGGACUUCGACACAUCAGCUCAUCCUAAAGGGUCACUUCGAUCCGGACUUGGUGGAAACAGAAGCAAGUCACAGACUGGCCUAGCAUCAGAAAUGGCCACGAAACAGCGACCCAACUCGUCUGGCGUACGAUUCACCUUCAUCUUGUACGAAAAUCAGCGGCGAUGGAUAGGGCUUGGCUGGACAACAUCACUGUUCGCUUACGAGCGAGGCCCUUGGUGCGAUGAACAUCUCAACCCAGCACCAUCAAAAGACGAAUUCGAGUUGCCAGAAGUGGAGGGCGGACGUGCUCGAUGGAGGUGGGUGGACGGUUCCGAAUGGAGAAUUGAGCGAGGAGAUGCUCGGCAACACAAGAGAGCUGCUAGUCAGGGUAAAACAGGACCGACUGGAAGCACGUCGAAAGAGGCAGUAGAUGACGGUGGAGGUUGGAUCUACUAUGACAACAAGUGGCAAGAUGGAAGAAAUCUGGAUGGAUGGGGAAGAUACACACGGAGGCGCAAAUGGUACAGGGACGCUGAACUGGUUGAGACGACGCCGAACACCGACCCUGGUUCGAAAGCGACACCCACAGACCCGCCGUCCGAGUCCGAAGAAGAGAAGAUCAGAAAAGCAAAGGAUUUUGCCAAAGGUAUCGGUGCUUCUGCUCCUGAACUUCCACCUCGGAAUCCGGCCAUCGCCGACGCACCAAAAUCCAACGAGGAUAACAGCAGUGUCGCUAAGUCGCCGACAAACAAGAAGGGCGCAGGCUGGUUUUCAAAACGAGAUCGAAGUGACAGUAAGAGCAGCAGCGGGAACACUGGUCAAUUCAGUGCAAGAAGUGACCGGAGUCGUGAUGAUCAAGACGACGAUGUGCACGACAAAUGGCGGGACGCUGAAGGUCGUCACAGGACGUUCGGUAUUCAAGAGGAUGUUGCCAUGAGUUUGGGGUAG